UAAGCCAAGGGGGAUGAGCGGACCUCCGUGAGGGGACUUGGCUGACUCGCUCCACGCUCACUGGAGUUUCCUUGAGGACACCCCACCCCCCAAAAAAAGAAUAAUAAUUCCGUGUGGGGCUCUUUUUUUACCCUCAUAACGGGGUGGUUCGCUGAGGCGAGCACCUCCUUUCGGUCCAUCGUCUCCCUCCCGUCUCCCCUCGUUUUCGGGGGACGAGGUGUUGUGUUUGUCUUGUAGGCCCCAACCAAAGGGGUUGGCCCAUCUCCCUUCGAAGCAGCGUGGCUGCCUCACCUGCGCUGAAGGCUUCUUGGAACCGCUUUUUUUAAAAACAGAGAGAGAGAAAUAUAUAUACAUACAUAUAUCUAUAUAUAUUUAUAGUUUUGCCGUGUGUCUCUGUAUAUAUACGCGAGCGUGAGAGAGUAUAGCGUCCCCAUACAACUGAAUCUCGAGGAAAGGGCGGGAGAGGCAGGGAAAAGGGGGAGGAGAGAGGGCCCAGGAGUUGCCCCUUCCCCUCUUGUUAGACGAAGCAACCCUCUCUUGUCUUAUUGCCCCUUUUGUAUUAUUCUCCCCCCUCUCUUUUUGUCGUGGGGUGGGGAGCAGGAAGGGGGGGUGUUGGAGGUGUGUGCAUGUGUUUGAAUGGGUGGCAAAGCCCUGAUCCUCCAUGUGGGUGUGUUAGCAACUUUGCUGAAUUUGGGAGGCAGAAAGUGACUUUUUGAGUGUGUGCGUUGGGUGGGUGUGUUUUCUUUCCCAGGCUCCCCCCUCCCUUCCUAGUAAUUCACCCAUUCUGCCCCCGACCCCCUUCUUUUUGGUAGCAAGUCCAGUGGGGCUUCUUUUGUUGUUGUUGUGGUUGUUGGGGGCCGAGGGCGGGUGGGCUUGGAAGAAGCAGACUUUUCGGGGGCGCAUGUAAAAAUAGACGCUUUGUUUCUCCAGUGUGUGUGUGUGUGUUGUUUGCAGGGGGGGAGUUGAAAAGGAAGAAAGGCUGGACAGGUCUUUUCACCCCACUCCUCCUCCUCCUACUUCUUGGCUUUGCUUGGAUUUUUUUUAUUUUAUUUUUUUAUUGUUGCUCUCCGCUCCCUCUCUACGAGAAGUAGCUGUGAUACUCAAUUAGUAAUCUAUGCCAGCAAUUAUGACAAUGUUAGCAGACCAUGCAGCACGGCAGCUGCUGGAUUUCAACCAGAAAUUGGAUAUAAAUCUGUUGGAUAAUGUGGUGAACUGCCUGUAUCAUGGAGAAGGAGCCCAGCAAAGGAUGGCACAGGAGGUCUUGACUCACUUAAAGGAGCACCCUGAUGCAUGGACAAGAGUUGAUACUAUUUUGGAAUUCUCUCAGAAUAUGAACACCAAAUAUUAUGGCCUGCAGAUCUUGGAAAACGUGAUAAAAACAAGAUGGAAGAUUCUUCCAAGAACCCAGUGUGAAGGUAUCAAAAAAUACGUUGUUGGCUUAAUUAUCAAGACUUCAUCCGAUCCAUCAUGUGUUGAAAAAGAGAAAGUAUACAUAGGGAAGUUAAACAUGAUUCUUGUUCAGAUACUAAAACAAGAAUGGCCAAAACAUUGGCCAACAUUCAUCAGUGACAUAGUUGGGGCCAGCAGGACAAGUGAGAGCCUUUGUCAGAACAACAUGGUGAUCUUAAAACUGCUUAGUGAAGAGGUGUUUGACUUUUCCAGUGGACAAAUAACUCAAGUAAAAGCCAAACACUUAAAGGACAGUAUGUGCAAUGAGUUCUCACAGAUAUUUCAGCUGUGUCAAUUUGUGAUGGAAAACUCUCAAAAUGCUCCCCUUGUUCAUGCGACUUUGGAAACUUUGCUUCGAUUCCUCAACUGGAUUCCACUGGGCUAUAUUUUUGAGACCAAGCUGAUCAGCACGCUAAUAUACAAAUUUUUAAAUGUCCCUAUGUUCCGAAAUGUCUCCUUGAAGUGCCUCACAGAGAUUGCUGGUGUCAGUGUAAGUCAGUAUGAGGAACAGUUUGUCACCCUCUUUACCUUGACGAUGAUGCAGCUCAAACAGAUGCUUCCUUUGAACACCAAUAUUCGACUUGCAUACUCCAAUGGAAAAGACGAUGAGCAGAAUUUCAUCCAGAAUCUCAGUUUGUUUCUCUGUACCUUUCUGAAAGAGCAUGGUCAACUUAUAGAAAAACGUUUAAAUCUAAGGGAGACAUUAAUGGAAGCCCUUCAUUACAUGCUGCUGGUAUCUGAAGUUGAAGAAACUGAAAUCUUUAAGAUUUGUCUGGAGUACUGGAAUCACCUGGCUGCUGAACUAUAUAGAGAGAGCCCAUUUUCAACAUCUGCUUCGCCAUUACUUUCGGGGACUCAGCAUUUUGAUGUUCCUCCCCGGAGACAACUUUAUCUUCCUGUUCUGUCUAAGGUGCGGUUGUUGAUGGUUAGCCGCAUGGCAAAACCAGAGGAAGUGCUUGUUGUAGAAAAUGACCAGGGGGAAGUUGUCCGAGAAUUCAUGAAAGACACAGAUUCUAUCAAUUUGUACAAAAACAUGAGAGAAACACUAGUUUACCUUACCCAUUUGGAUUACGCAGAUACUGAGCGAAUAAUGACAGAGAAACUUCACAAUCAAGUAAAUGGUACCGAAUGGUCAUGGAAAAAUCUAAACACUCUAUGUUGGGCCAUAGGCUCAAUCAGUGGGGCAAUGCAUGAAGAAGAUGAGAAGAGGUUUCUUGUAACAGUAAUAAAGGACCUUCUGGGACUUUGCGAGCAAAAGCGAGGGAAGGAUAAUAAAGCUAUUAUUGCAUCCAAUAUAAUGUAUAUAGUAGGGCAAUAUCCAAGGUUUCUGAGAGCCCACUGGAAAUUUCUGAAGACUGUUGUUAACAAGCUGUUUGAAUUUAUGCAUGAAACCCACGAUGGUGUCCAAGACAUGGCUUGCGAUACUUUUAUAAAAAUAGCGCAGAAAUGCCGCAGACACUUUGUUCAAGUGCAGGUGGGAGAGGUCAUGCCAUUCAUUGAUGAGAUCCUGAACAACAUUAAUACAAUCAUUUGUGACCUUCAACCACAACAGGUGCAUACUUUCUACGAAGCAGUUGGAUACAUGAUUGGAGCACAGACUGACCAGACAGUACAAGAGCAUUUGAUAGAGAAAUACAUGUUACUUCCUAAUCAAGUAUGGGACAGCAUAAUUCAACAGGCCACAAAAAACGUUGAUAUCCUAAAGGACUCUGAAACUGUUAAGCAAUUGGGGAGCAUUCUGAAAACAAAUGUGCGGGCGUGUAAAGCUGUUGGGCAUCCCUUUGUGAUUCAGCUGGGCAGAAUCUACUUGGAUAUGCUGAAUGUGUACAAGUGCCUCAGUGAAAACAUUUCUGCAGCUAUUCAGGCAAACGGAGAAAUGGUUACGAAGCAACCUCUGAUCAGAAGUAUGAGAACAGUAAAAAGGGAAACUUUAAAACUAAUUUCUGGCUGGGUGAGCAGAUCCAAUGAUCCUCAGAUGGUAGCUGAAAACUUUGUUCCGCCUUUGCUGGAUGCAGUUCUUAUUGAUUACCAGAGGAAUGUUCCAGCUGCCAGAGAGCCUGAAGUGCUUAGUACAAUGGCUAUCAUAGUAAACAAGCUGGGAGGACACAUUACUGCUGAAAUACCUCAGAUAUUUGAUGCUGUCUUUGAAUGCACGUUAAAUAUGAUCAAUAAGGACUUUGAAGAAUAUCCUGAACACAGAACAAACUUUUUCUUGCUACUACAAGCAGUAAACUCACAUUGCUUCCCAGCAUUCCUGGCCAUCCCACCUGCACAGUUCAAACUAGUACUGGAUUCUAUCAUUUGGGCUUUCAAGCACACAAUGAGAAAUGUUGCAGAUACAGGCCUUCAGAUCCUUUAUACACUUUUACAAAAUGUUGCACAAGAAGAAGCUGCUGCCCAGAGUUUUUACCAGACUUAUUUCUGUGACAUUCUUCAGCACAUUUUCUCUGUUGUAACAGACACGUCUCACACUGCUGGUUUGACGAUGCAUGCAUCAAUUCUUGCAUACAUGUUCAACUUAGUAGAAGAAGGAAAAAUAAGUACUCCUCUAAACCCUGGAAAUCCAGUGAGCAACCAAAUGUUUAUUCAGGAGUAUGUUGCUAAUCUCCUUAAAUCUGCAUUUCCUCAUCUUCAAGAUGCACAGGUUAAACUGUUUGUAACAGGACUCUUCAGUUUAAAUCAGGAUAUUCCUGCUUUCAAGGAACACCUUAGGGACUUCCUGGUACAGAUAAAGGAAUUUGCAGGUGAAGACACGUCUGACUUAUUCCUGGAAGAAAGAGAGACAGCUCUUCGACAGGCUCAGGAGGAGAAACACAAACUUCAGAUGUCUGUCCCUGGCAUCCUUAAUCCACAUGAAAUUCCUGAGGAAAUGUGUGAUUAAAAAAUAACCAGUUGCACUGUUUUCUUUCUGUACAGCUGCUUUGUUGUAAAAGAAAACAGGACUUGGAUAUUUGUUGACCAAAAUGAUGCCAAUUUGUAAAUUUAAGAUGUCACCUAGUGGCCCUUUUUUCUUAUGUGUUUUUGUAUAAGAAAUUUUCUGUGAAAUAUCCUUCCAUUGUUUAAGCUUUUUUGUUUUGGUCAUCUUUAUUUAGAUUUGCAUGAAGUUGGAAAUUAAGGCAUUUUAAAAAUAAAAAAACAACACUUCAUGCCCAUUUUGUGGCUAAGGGUAAAAGAGGCAAAACAUAUAACUUGUAAAGUCUAUUGCAAAAUUAUACAUUUUCCAGUUAGAACACAGAUUUUUUUUUCCAAUUAGGGAACACUUUCUUACUAGCCUGUCCUGCAGUCUAGAAGAAAAGGGUAAAUGAGUAUAGUCCAUCAGAUUAAUUGUUAGGUAUAGGAUGGUGAGUGCUGCAUCAGACAUGAGCAGCUUUUGGGCUGAGUGGCAAGGCUAGGCUUACUGGUAUUUGCAAGUUGUAUGGCAAGUUUGCAGCAAGAUCAUGUGCAUAUCAUCCCAUUGUAAAGCAACUUGGAGAAAAAAAAGAGUAUGGGAACACAGUACAGUUAGUUAUUUUUACACAGUUCUUUUGUUUUUGUGUGUGUGCUGUCGCUUUGUCGACAACAGCUUUUUGUUUUCCUCAAUGAGGAGUGUUGCUCAUUUGUGAGCCUUCAUUAACUCGAAGUGAAAUGGUUAAAAUAUUUAUCCUGUUAGACUAGGCUGCAUCUUUUUAACAAGCUCAUUAAAGAAGAAUUCUGGCUUUUGAGAUGACUUCUACUAAUUACAUUGUUUACCAUGCUGUAGUGCUUUAAGAACACUACUUAAAAAGCAAAAUAAACUUGGUUUACAUUUA